GCCUCCAGCUUUAAGAAGCCGUCGUUGGGAGCUGCGUCCCAGAGGAAGAAAUCGAGUCCCAAGCUGGAGCUCACCGAGGAGCAGACGCAGGAGAUCCGGGAGGCAUUUGACCUGUUUGACACCGACGGCAGCGGGAGCAUCGAUGUGAAGGAGCUAAAGGUGGCCAUGAGAGCACUAGGGUUUGAGCCUAAAAAAGAAGAAGUCAAGAAGAUGAUAUCGGAUAUCGAUAAGGAAGGAACAGGAAAAAUUAGCUUCAGUGACUUCUUGAUGGUGAUGGCACAGAAAAUGGCUGAAAAAGAUUCCAAAGAGGAGAUUCUCAAAGCUUUCAAACUCUUUGAUGACGACGAAACCGGCAAAAUCUCCUUCAAAAACCUCAAACGUGUCGCCAAAGAGCUGGGGGAAAAUCUCACAGAUGAAGAGCUGCAGGAAAUGAUCGAGGAGGCAGACAGAGAUGGGGACGGGGAAGUGAACGAGCAGGAAUUCUUGCGGAUCAUGAAGAAGACCAGCCUUUACUGACACAGAAUUUUAUUUUUUUUUGCAUAUAUUUAUAUAUAUAUAUGUACAUGUUUGGUAGGUGCCUCAUGUUUUUACAGUCUUUUAUUUGUU